CUAUGGUGCCUGCUGAUACUUCAACUCCCAUCAGACGCAGCGGUAUUUUACAAUCACGUGACUCGUUUUGGCCACAGUCACGUGCUAACAUGGCGGCCACCGUCUCCAGUGAAAUUUUCUCGGAUCUGCAGCUUCUCUUGAAGGCUCCUUCUAAAGAUGUCGUCAGAGAAGUUUGUGUCCAGAGUCACAGAGGUCAAAGCCGGCGGCUGACUGACAGCACCGCAGCAGCACUCAGCAUCUCUGUGGCCCAGGCAGCUCAGUUAGUCCAGUCCCUCCACACACUAUCCCAUCACGUCCUCUUCUACAACCUCAGCUCCCCGGAGCAGAUCCUCUCCAUCUUCCCGGACAACUUUCACGCCAGCCUGAAGAACCUGAUCACCAAAAUCCUGCUGGAGAACAGUCCGGCGUGGAGAACAGAAGCCCUUGAUAACCAGGUCUCUCUCCCUCAGCUGAAGGACUUGGACUGGAGGGUGGAUUUGGUGACUGGCUCAGACUCAAUCAGUCGAAUGUCCAUGCCGACCUGCCUGGUUCAGCUAAAGAUGGAGGAUCCAUGUCAGCCCACGGACACGGAGUCAGUCUCCACAGUGACAGUGGAGCUCAGCAAGGAGUCUCUGGACACCAUGCUGGAUGGGUUGGGUCGCAUUAGAGACCAGCUGUCUGUAGUGGCAGGAAAGUGACAUCCUCUCUCAAACUGAGAGAAACUCUCCCUCUUUAUCGACUGAAGUCACGUCUGGGAUCAACUUUUUUUUUAUUUUGAAUACUGCAAGUGGGAUGUUUAAAAAAAACAGACACUGAGUAACUGUAUAUUUACUAAAUUAAAGACAUUUUCUGCAA